CAGGCCUGCGCGCAUGCGUGUUUUGCACAGCAGAGGAGAGCGGGACGCCGGGGAGGUCUAGUGAAAAAUGAGUCCGAUAUUAGCCGUUUUGUCGUUGACAGCAGCUCUGUUUCCCGCCCACGGGCUGCCCAGCGCCUUCUUCCAGUCGAGAACCGAUGGAGAGCCUCAGUUCACAGAGAAGUACUUCAGUCAGGUUGUGGACCACUUCAACUUUAACAGCCUGGGCAACAGGACCUUCAACCAGCGUUACCUGAUCACAGACCGGUUCUGGAGGAGGAGCUCCGGCCCCGUCUUCUUCUACACCGGGAAUGAAGGCGACAUCUGGGAGUUCGCCCUGAACUCGGGGUUCAUCAUGGAGUUGGCUGCUCAGCAGGAGGCGCUGGUCAUUUUUGCCGAACACAGGUAUUACGGCCGCUCGCUGCCGUUUGGCAACAACUCCUUCAGCAUCCCGGAGGUGGGCCUGCUGACGGUGGAGCAGGCCCUCGCCGACUACGCCCUGAUGAUCACGGAGCUGAAGCUGCAGCUGGGGGCCGCCCAGAGCCCCGUCAUCGCGUUCGGGGGCAGCUACGGCGGGAUGCUGUCCGUCUACAUGAGGCUCAAGUAUCCCAACAUCGUAGCUGGAGCUCUGGCGGCCAGCGCCCCCAUCCUGUCCACUGCUGGCUUAGGAGACCCGAGGCAGUUCUUCAGAGACGUGACGGCUGACUUUGAGCGCGUUUCUCCGGCCUGCAGAGGCGCAGUGACCGCCGCUUUCCAGCAGCUGAGGGAGGCAGCGGAGCGCCGAGAUUACAGCCACAUCCAGGCAGAGCUGUCUCUGUGUCAGCCUCCAUCAUCCGCUCAGGACGUCCACCAGCUCUACGGCCUCCUGAGGAACGCCUUCACCCUCAUGGCCAUGCUGGAUUACCCCUACAGCACCCACUUCAUGGGCAGCCUGCCCGCCAACCCCGUCAAGGUAGCCUGUGACACCAUGCUGGGGGGGCCGGACCUGCUGACCAACCUCCGGGACACUGCAGGGAUGGUGUACAACUCCUCCGGGCUGCUGCCCUGCUUCGACCUGUACAGUCUGUAUGUGGAGUGUGCGGAUCCCACGGGCUGCGGUCUGGGCUUCAACAGCCUGGCCUGGGACUACCAGGCCUGCACGGAGAUCGAGAUGUGCUACGAGAGCAACAACGUGACGGACAUGUUCCCCGCCAUGACCUUCACCGAGGACGCCCGCCAGCUGUACUGCUCCAAGCGCUGGGGGGUGCAGCCCAGGCCGGGCUGGCUCCGGCUCCAGUUCUGGGGAGACGAUCUGUCCGCCGCCAGCAACAUCAUCUUCUCCAACGGAGACCUGGACCCGUGGGCCAACGGGGGGGUGCGGACGUCCCUCAGCCCGUCCCUGAUCGCCAUCAACAUUUCCGGCGGCGCCCAUCACCUGGACCUCAGAGGCUCCAACGCCGCCGAUCCAGAGUCCGUCAUCAAGGCCAGAAAGAUGGAGGCGGAGCUUAUCGCAGCGUGGGUGAAGAUGGAAAGGGUUCGAUUCCGGCAGUCGCAUUGAAAGCUUCUGAUGGAUUUCAGUUCGGGGUCACUCCGGGACGUUAUCACCGUGAAACCGACCAAUCAGACACAGGAGCGUUUGAAUCAGAAAACUUUAUUACACGCCACAAAUCAACACCCAAACAGACCAACUUCUCAUUUUUCUGCUCAAAUUUCAUCAAUAAAAAUGAUUUCUCCAACCA